AAUUCGCAAAGAGAACUGACCAGAUUUUAGAUCCGAUAGCAGCACACUGUUUGGCAUUCAUGGUCCUCAUUAUAACCCACGAAAUUCAAAAUGUAGCAGAUGUCUACUGGAAAGACCACUAUUCGGAAGGAGAGUAAAUAUGGAGCAAUUCAGUUACGAAUGUUGGAAAUAUUAUUCUGUUGCAGAUCCGAAAAGCAAAGUAUUUGAUACUAACUUGUCAAUAAAUUGGAGAAAACAGUCCAGUCAAGACGGGGCCGAACAGAAAAUCCGCAAAGAGAACUGACCAGUGUGGCAGUCCAAAUUGAUUUUAUACCUCGAUUAGGAUAUGGGAGAUGCUAUUCACUGGCUUGGUUGUGCAGUAUUUGUUGCCACUCAAUCUGUGGAAACACCAACAUUGCAAUCUGAUGUGGUCAAAGGCAAUUGUUUGAACCUAACAUGUCUUCUGAGACAUAGCAACCUCAGCUUUGUGCAGUUCUUCAGUAAUAUUACUAAAUGGGCUGAUAUGGCACAUCUACCUGUGGAUUUUACCAAUAAAAUUACCCACUUGAAAGAUAAUUUCAAUGUUGCACAUAACACAUUUAAAGAGUAUUAUCCAAUGUUCUCCAAGAUAUUUUUGCCACCAUCCAGUCAGGACCUUGAACAGUCAAAACCUCAUAGAAACAGAAAACAAAGACCAGUUAAUUGCAACACAUCCAAAGUGUUUGAAUUUAUAUGGAAUCUUUUCAUCACCCUGAAAGCAGAGCACCCUCAGUAUAGCACAGAGUUGAUCAAAUCCUAUCACCUCCUCUAUGCUUGCAUUGAUUUGGCUUUCAAAAAUGCAUUUCUAGCUGAAAGACGGGAUCUUCUAAAUCCCCAAUUCGAAUGUCUACCUUCAGAUUGGAACAACCCAGCAUUUGAGUUACUGUCUGAUGCUCCCUGUAUCAUUAGUUAUUUGUGCAAGUGUCCAUCUAUGUUAACUGAAGCCAUGCAUGUCAAAAUGUAUAUUCUGAAAAGGAUGAUCAUAAAUUUGGUUAGUGACCUAACUUUGAUUGCCAGUGAGGUAGAUUUUACUGGAAUCUUUGAUAAUGAGGUGUUUGAACAGAACUUCAGGAAUAUUUCCAAUGCAUAUGAAACUCACUUGUUGAAUAAAGCUGAUAUUGAUGAAAGGAUCUUUUUGGCUGAAUAUAGAAGGCAAUUAUUAGAGCAGCAACAAAAUUCAAUAGGUCAGAGUGUCAAAGCAACGCCAUUUUCAGAAACAGGUGAAAAUGCAACACUAUUUACUCCAAAAAACAACUAUGGAACUGCAAAUCUGAGAGGUUCAGAUACUCCAUUGACUGGCAGAGGAUUUUUGGGUCCUAGAGAAGCUGACAUUUGUCCCCUACCCGUUGAUAGAACUGCCACCCAGAAAAUUACACGUUUACAUAACAUUCUGAAUAAUAGGUCAGCAGGUCCUAGUGAAGCUUUACUUCAAUUAUUUGAGUCCUGUCAGAGUGAUCCUAGGACAAAAAUUCAAGGUAUUGUUAGUACAUUUGGAGAUAAGUUUAUAUCUGCUUAUAUUGAGGCUCAUCCAAAUAGUGAGGAAGAUGCAAGGAAUAGACUUCAAAUAGGCAUCACAUUAUUCUAUAAGUUCACAGAAAAUAUAUUGCAAAAUGAAAAAGCUAUUCGUCCUGACAUAUCAGUUCUGGUGGAGAAAGAUUUGUUUUAUCAAUGUAUGUUUGCUUGUUGUUUGGAAAUUGUGCUGUUUUGUUACAAUUGCCCAAAUAAGUUUCCUUGGGUUGCUGAAGUUCUAAAUGUUGAACCACUCCAUUUUGUGAAAGUUAUCGAACUGAUUGUUCGUACAAAGGAUCAACUUUCUAGGGAGAUGAUAAAGUAUUUGAAUAUGAUCGAAGAAACGGUCCUGGAAAGCUUAGUAUGGAAGUCGGGCAGCCUGAUUUGGGAGGCGAUAGCGGCGUCCGGCCAGACGCUGCCCAAGUUCGCGGACACCGCCCUGCCCGGCCACCUGUUGUACGACGACAGCCGCGGCGACGCGAACAUCCAGAGCGCCGAGGUGACGUCGAGCAGCGCCGGGGCGCACUCGCCGCCGCCGCCCUCGGCCACCGACAGGUUUGAGUCGCCGAGAGCGGGCGGGCGGGCGGCAGCAGGGGCGGCCGUGCAGCCUGGGCAGUCUCUUCUGCAAAGGCAGACUCAUAUAAUGAUUACAGAUCAAGAAGGACAUCGGAAUUUGAUAAUUGUGAAUAGCAACAAUCAGUCACAAACUGUUCCAAGCAAUUUGAGUGACUCUACAUCACAGUUGCCUAGGAGAACUGGGAGUUUAUCUAUCAUUUUCAGAAAGUUUUAUAAUCUGGCUGGGGUCAGGAUGGAGCAUCUCUGCAACAAAGUCGGCUUUACGGACACCGAGUUGAAACGGAAAAUUUGGACUGUUUUUGAGGACUCCAUUCGCAAUAGUGACUUGAUCAAAGAUAGACAUCUUGAUCAGCUGCUCAUGUGUGCUAUUUACGUAAUAUGCAGGAUUUCAAAUAUCCCUCUGAAAUUCCAGGACAUCAUGAAGUUUUACAGGGAACAACCUCAAAGCAGUAGCAAUGUCUAUAGGGAUGUUUUGUUAACUAAAAAGAUUAACAAUGAAACGGGAAUGGUUGCAGAAAAACGAAGUGACCUUAUUACCUUCUACAAUUCAAUAUACGUUGAAGUGAUGCAAAAAUUUGCUGUACGAUUCAGAAGUUCCAGUUCUUCUCAAAAUAACAACAUACUGCUCAGCCCACUUCCUGCUAUAAAACGAGAUUUGGUGUCGCCAAGUUUACAAGUUGUCGGCAACGUUUACGUCAGACCACUGGAAAGUCCUUCAACAACUUCCGGAUCAAGUUUCAAUUAUUUUUUCAGUCGCAGUCCAUCUAAGGAUUUGAAAGAUAUAAAUAAACUCGUGAACAGCAGCAGAGUGACGGGAAAAAGAUUGCUGAUCGAAGGAGAACUGAAGAUGGAUACACCUCCAUCAAAGAGAAUAUCUAACAGAAAACUGCAAUCCCUUGUCGAAGAGCGAAAGCGCCAAAAUAUCGAAUAA